GUAAACUACUAAACUUAUAAAAAAAAGAUGGCUUAAAUAUCAACUUAUUAAAAGGUUUAUUUUCAUAGUAAGUUGAUAUUUAAUAACUAAAGAGCAAGCCUUUGACGAACCUUUGACGAAGAAAAAACUAAAGAGCAAGCCUGUGUCUUCUUCCUAAAGGCGACAACGAGAGAGUUUCUUGGCGCCUUCAAGAGGUAAGUCACUUUUCCUUUUUCGUCUUUCCUUUUGCUCAUAUUAAUUUCUUUGUUUUUGGUGAAAGAUAUCUCUAUUUUUCUCUCGAUCUCCGGAGUCUUGCUAGUUAAACUGUGUUCAUAGUCUGGAUCUAGAAAGAGAUACAGAUUCUGGGAGCCAGUAUGGAACUUGUGUCGUUUGGAGUAGAAAAGCUUUGGGACCGACUGAGCCAAGAAUAUGACCAAUUUAAAGGAGUUGAAGAUCAAGUAACUGAGUUAAAAAGUAACCUAAACUUGUUAAAGUCAUUUUUGAAAGAUGCAGAUGCCAAGAAACAUAUAAGUGAGAUGGUGCGACACUGUGUGGAAGAGAUCAAAGAUAUUGUUUAUGACACGGAGGACAUAAUCGAAACGUUUAUUCUCAAGGAAAAAGUUGAAAUGAAACGUGGCAUCAUGAAGCGUAUCAAAAGAUUUGCUUCGACUAUAAUGGAUCGUAGGGAACUUGCGUCUGAUAUUGGAGGAAUAAGUAAGCGGAUCUCCAAGGUGAUACAGGAUAUGCAAAGUUUUGGAGUACAACAGAUAAUUACUGAUGGCAGCCGUUCUUCACAUCCACUACAAGAAAGACAAAGGGAGAUGCGGCACACGUUUUCUAGGGACUCCGAAAACGAUUUUGUGGGAAUGGAAGCAAAUGUUAAGAAAUUGGUUGGAUAUUUGGUGGAGAAAGAUGACUAUCAAAUUGUUUCUUUAACCGGGAUGGGUGGUCUUGGUAAAACCACCCUUGCUAGACAAGUUUUUAAUCAUGAUGUUGUAAAAGAUCGGUUUGAUGGAUUCGCAUGGGUGAGUGUUUCGCAAGAGUUUACUCGGAUAUCGGUGUGGCAAACGAUCUUGCAGAAUCUCACAUCUAAAGAGAGGAAAGAUGAAAUCCAGAAUAUGAAAGAAGCUGACCUUCAUGAUGAUCUCUUCCGAUUGUUGGAAUCAUCUAAAACAUUAAUUGUGCUAGAUGACAUAUGGAAAGAAGAAGAUUGGGACUUAAUCAAGCCAAUAUUUCCACCCAAAAAAGGUUGGAAGGUGCUACUUACUUCUCGAACUGAGAGUAUCGCGAUGCGUGGAGAUACAACAUAUAUUAGCUUUAAACCAAAAUGCCUAUCUAUCCCAGACAGUUGGACACUUUUCCAAAGCAUAGCAAUGCCAAGGAAAGAUACAUCCGAAUUUAAGGUUGAUGAGGAAAUGGAAAAUAUGGGUAAGAAGAUGAUCAAACAUUGUGGAGGACUAUCAUUGGCUGUCAAAGUCUUAGGAGGGUUGUUAGCUGCAAAAUACACACUGCAUGAUUGGAAAAGAUUAUCUGAGAAUAUUGGAUCUCAUAUCGUGGAAAGAACUAGCGGUAACAACAGUUCUAUUGAUCAUGUAUUGUCUGUGAGCUUUGAAGAAUUGCCUAAUUAUUUGAAGCAUUGUUUCCUAUACCUCGCCCACUUUCCAGAAGAUCAUGAGAUAGACGUAGAGAAGUUGCAUUAUUAUUGGGCUGCAGAAGGAAUAUCUGAACGUAGGCGUUACGAUGGAGAGACCAUUCGAGAUACUGGAGAUAGCUACAUAGAGGAGUUGGUGAGAAGAAAUAUGGUUAUUUCUGAAAGGGACGUUAUGACUUCCAGAUUUGAAACUUGUCGUUUGCAUGACAUGAUGAGAGAAAUUUGUUUGUUUAAAGCCAAAGAAGAGAACUUCCUACAAAUUGUCAGUAACCACUCCCCGACAUCAAACCCUCAAACUCUUGGUGCUUCUCGCAGAUUUGUCUUACAUAAUCCUACUACAUUACAUGUUGAGAGAUAUAAAAAUAAUCCAAAACUUCGAUCGCUCGUGGUUGUCUAUGAUGAUAUUGGAAAUAGAAGAUGGAUGCUAUCAGGUUCAAUCUUUACAAGGGUAAAACUUCUACGGGUGUUAGAUCUCGUUCAAGCCAAGUUUAAAGGAGGGAAGUUACCUUCUGACAUUGGAAAGCUCAUCCACUUAAGAUACUUGAGCUUAAAAGAUGCCAAGGUAUCUCAUCUACCUUCUUCUCUAAGAAAUCUAGUCCUGCUAAUCUAUUUAGAUAUACGCACAGAUUUCACGGAUAUAUUCGUGCCCAAUGUCUUCAUGGGGAUGAGAGAAUUGAGAUAUCUUGAACUACCCAGAUUUAUGCAUGAGAAGACAAAGUUGGAGUUGAGUAAUCUAGAAAAAUUGGAGGCCUUAGAGAAUUUCUCAACAAAGAGUAGCAGCUUGGAGGAUCUCCGUGGUAUGGUCAGGUUGAGGACUCUUGUGAUCAUUUUAAGUGAGGGGACUAGUCUACAAACUCUAUCUGCAUCAGUAUGUGGACUGAGACACUUGGAAAAUUUUAAAAUAAUGGAAAACGCUGGCGUUAACAGGAUGGGAGAAGAGAGAAUGGUAUUGGAUUUCACUUAUCUCAAAAAGCUCACCUUGAGUAUAGAGAUGCCAAGGCUUCCUAAAAUACAACACCUUCCUUCUCACCUUACGGUCUUAGAUCUAUCUUACUGUUGUUUGGAGGAAGAUCCAAUGCCGAUUCUAGAGAAAUUACUCGAGUUAAAAGAUUUAAGUUUAGAUUAUCUAUCUUUCUCCGGGAGGAAAAUGGUUUGCUCGGCUGGUGGGUUUCCUCAAUUGCGUAAGCUAGCUUUGGAUGAACAAGAGGAGUGGGAAGAGUGGAUAGUAGAAGAAGGCUCCAUGUCACGGCUUCAUACUCUAAGUAUUUGGAGUUCAACAUUAAAGGAGCUUCCUGAUGGGCUGCGAUUCAUAUAUUCUUUAAAGAAUCUGAUCAUGGGAAAGAGCUGGAUGGAGAGAUUAUCGGAACGAGGAGAAGAAUUUUACAAAGUUCAAAACAUUCCUUUUAUUAAAUUCAGUUCUUAAUUCUUAUUAUAAUCUUUUGAACUCUUUGCACUGUUUUUGUAUGGGUGUCUUUUGUUGUAUAAUAACACUUACAGAUUUUCUUGCAAAAAUAUAUUGGUUUU